CACAGAGGGAAUCCACAGCAGCUGUAUCGUCUGCUGGCCGGAGCGCAUCGCACACAGCUGGAAUCCUCGCCAAGAGACGCAGCUCAACCAUGAGUGAGAGAAAAACACCUGGAGCAAUGACUGGAAACACCAAGCCAUCUGCUGGCCACGCAACGCAAGGUCAGCAAAAGGCUCCGUCUAAACAUGAAAAGAAAAACAACGUCCCCCAGGACUUUGACAUCGACAUGGACGACCCAGAGACGCAGAGGGCCGCUGUGGCUAUCCAGUCUCAGUUCAGAAAAUUCCAGAAAAAGAAGCAGGAUGUGAAGUCAUAGAGCAAACGUCGUCAGACUCGUCGCUCUCCUGAUAUGGUCUCGGUUUUGCAUGUCGAUCAAACUGCUGCACUAUCCAGAGCUGCGAGGAGAACAGGCUGAGGUGGGGGGAGGGAAAAUAUUACUGUAAAAGUCUGUGUAAAUUUUACAAACACUAAAACAUCUGACAUAAGCAUUGGGUUGGUCAGUUUUCGGUUAGCCGGUAGAACUUCUGAAUGGGUCAUUUUCAUCGAGUCUUAUAGAACCGUGUGAGACGCAAAUUUACACGCAGCAAAUAAUUGGAAAUAAAAGUUUGUCUUUCCAGGAAAACAGAAAGACGCUGGCAGUUCAGAUUAUUUAUGAUUUAAUAAAGAGCUCCACUGAAUGUCUGAGUAGCUAUAACUAUGAACAGCUUCAGCUUUUACUUUCACGCUGCUGUGUUGUUCUGCUGUCCCUUUAACAUCAACCCCUCACAGCUGUGUGAAACACUGUGUGCGUAAUCUAAUUCCUGUUGUGUGUUGUUGUGUUUCGCUGCUACAACAUAAUUGAUUUGAUGCUCCUGUAGUUUUCUUGUAUAUGAUUAGUUUAGAAACACGCAAGCUUGCACACAUGCAUACAAAAAGAAGAAUAAAAAUCACUAAUAAAGAAAUUUAAAAA